GCAUGAGCUAACAAGCCAAAAGUUUUAGUGAAAAAAAAAAAUAGAAAUAAAUACUUUUUAUGUCUAGUUAUUUUUUUUAUCGGGUCUUAACAUCGCCCUUUAACGACCUUUUUGAGCAAACGGAAAAAAAUGAAACCUAUCUGUUUUUUUAUUUUAUUUGUCAAUAUUCUAAAUGUUUCGGCACAUUAUCUAGCGGAAUAUAAGAAACAGCUUCUAAUUACAAAUGUAUCCAUCAUGGAAGCUGGUACAGAUAUAUUGCAGCGAAUAAUUGAAGAAAUGUUUAAUGAAGUCAAUCAUUGCGACAUUUUCGGCAAACUUAAUUUUAUGAUCGCUGUACCAGACAAACUGGAUUUUUCCAUCUGUAUACCGGAUUCAGAUUUAAGACCCAUUCCAAUUAUGGACAAACUGCUUGAUUACCAGGACUUUAUGGGAUGGAAAAUAAGACGUACAUUAAGAAUGAAAUAUCCUAAUAUUGAUAACAACCAAGAUUUUAAAAGCUUAGAUUUGACAGCCCUUGCACAGGAUAGAAGAGAUCAUACUGGACCAGCUUUAAAGAAUAUAAUCAUUCGGAUAUUAGAUGAACCUGUUCAGGGUAUACCGGAUGAUAUCGCUUUGAAAAGGGUGUGUAAUUUGAUAGGAUUACACAUGAGUGCACAAUUUCCAGCAUCAUAUAUAACAAAAAUUCAGAUUGACUUAACUAAUCGUACUUGUACCCUAUCGAACGGAUAUACAGACAAAAUAUACAGAAAAAAUGGCGUUUGGGGACAAAUUAGCGAAAACGGUACAGUACUACAACGACUAAAGGACCAGUUGGUAUAAUUUAGAACAAAAUCAAUGGUAUAACUGUUCUAAAAUUAUAUAACACCAUUAUUGUUGUAUUGACAUAAUAUUUUCAAUAAGCACUAAUAUCCUAUUUAAUAUUGCACUAAUAAUUGUCAAAUAAUAAUUUAACGUAUUCCACAAUAAACAAUUUUACUCACA